CACACGCCGACAGGGUCGGCGGAUUCCGACCCCAUUUGGGAGGCCUCUACUAUUGGCGCCCUCUUCCUCCUUGGCUGUGCCCCGUCUCUUCAGGCGGGGCUCCAUCUGCUGCUCAGGCCUGUCGCAGCAGGACCGCGCCAGAUGCUCCUCGCUGGCGCGGUGGACGGGGGGCAAGUUCUCGGAGGACCUCUCCUCGGAGGUGGGGUUGCUCGUGGCCGAGCGCGUCAGCCUCCACCCCGCGUCCAAGUACCAGGCGGCUCUGGCCAGGCGGCUGCCGGUCGUGCGGCUCAGCUACCUGGAGGCGCUCUGGGAGAUGAAGGCGGAGGUGGACGUGGAGCCGCACAUCCUGCCUCCUCUCUACGGCCUGCGCAUCUGCUUGGACAAGAGGCACGAGGAGUACGCUGGGAAGGCGGCGGAGCUGGGCGCCGUGGUGGAGGCCUUUGACUGCGCAGAGGUCGUCGUCGUCGGGGACAUCUUCGCGCCCCUGUACCAGCAGGCCCGCAGGAUCGGCAUCCUGGCGGCGUCCCCCCUCUGGCUGGAGCGGUGCUUCCAGCUGCGCUGCUGCACGCCCAUUGCUGGAGAGCUGCAGGUGCUGAACCCCAGGUCUGCCGCGCUCGCCGGAGGGCCGACGCCUGGCCCAGGAGGGUGCGACGACGAGGAGUGCGGAGCCGCGCUCCUCGGCUGCGUGCUAUGUCUGCUGUACCUGCCGCCCGGCCCCCAGCGGGACGCGGCGAAGGCGCUGGCGUGGAAGGUGGGCGCCUACACCACCCUGGCCCCCACGGACCGGGCGGUCACGCACGUGCUCUUCCGGGUGCAACCCGGCGGCAAGGCGGCCGUGUCCGUCUCGGUCCCGGACGACCACGACCGCGUCGCCUUCAUAGACGUGUCGUGGCUGGAGGCCUGCGCGUGCGAGGGGCGGCGGGUCAGCGAGUCGCAGUUCCAGCGGCAGAAGGUGGCCUACAACCCCAGGUGCGACGACGCCCACGCGGCCGCCAGGGCCCUCAGGCCGCCCGCGGAUGGCGAGGCCCCCGUGCGCGCCCUCAAGAACGCCCCCUCCGACCCGCCCGCGCGGGGCGCGUGGUCCCAGCCCGCCGCCGCGCCCGCGCUGCCUGCGCUCUGCGCACCCGCCGCCGCGCCUGCGGCGCCCGCCGCGACCACGGAGCCUGCGGCGGGCACCGCUGGGGCCCCCGGCGGCCUGCGGCUGGGGGUCUUCGCGGGCGUGGCGGUGGCGCUCGCGGGCUGGCAGCCCGGGGACCCGGAGGCCCGGGCGAUGGAGGAAGCCGUGCGCGCACAGGGCGGCGCCGUCCUGGCGCAGGGCCUCUCCGCCGCGGGCGCGGCCUCGGCCGUGGAGCACCUGUCGGCGCGCAGGCCCCCUGCGGCGCUUGGCACCGCCCACUGGGUCAGGGCGUGCGUGGCCGACGGGGUGCUGUACCAGAGGAGCGAGAUGCCCCAUUUCGAGCCGCCGCGGGGGCAGCUGCCGCUGCAGGAGAUGAGCACCUGCAACGUGCGGAUCACCGCGCUGGAGGCCUCGCAGCGCGGGCGGGGCAGGCGUGUCCAGCUCGAGAAGCUCGUGGAGAUCGUCGGCGCUAAGGUCGCCGACCAAAACAGCCGUCUGGGGGACAUCACCCACGUGGUCUGCGGGGUGCCCGGCCUGCUGGAGGGCAAGACUCAUGCUAGCGCUUUGCGGAAGAAGAUCCCGGUGGUCUCCGUCCAGUGGCUCUUCGACUGUUACCGGCGGUGCUCGAGACAGCUGGAGGACCGGUACCAUGUGGGCCCACCGCAGGCGCAGGCACCGAGGUUCGAGGAGUCCGCCGCGCCCGCGCAGAGCUUCGCGUCGACAGUGCUGGCCGGCCACACGGUGCUCAUCUCGCCCGCAGCGCUCGGCAGCGAAGCGCAGCUGCCGCGCAUGGCGGAGGAGCUCGGCGCCGCCGCGCGCACGUGGCGGAGCGCGGAGGAGCUCGAGGCGUGCUGCCGCGCGGCUGCGGGCGACCGCGCGGACGGCGCCAGCGGUGGGCAGGCAUGCGCGGCGAUGGUGGUGCUGCUGGACAGAGAGGAGGCGGCGCGGCCUGCAGGACCGCUCGCAGACCUCGUGUCACGCCUCCUAUCUGGCCACUGUGUGGGCCCGGUGGGCCGGCGCGCCUUCGUGACGCCGGCGUGGCUCGCCGAGGCCUUCCGGCAGCGGCGGCGGCUGCCGCUGGACGCCUUCGCGGCGCUGCCAGACAGCGGCGACCUCGAGAGCGGCCCGGCGAAGCGGCCGCGCCUCACAGGGGAGGCGCAGUACGCUUGGGUGGCUCCAGAGGCCUCGCGCUUGGAGGAGUUCGCGGAGAGUUCCCGCGCGCAGACGCUCGCGUCGAAGGCGCAGCAGAAGGCGAGCGAGGGCCUGCGCUUGGCAGAGUUGCGGGGCCGCUAG